UUCAAUAAUCUUUAAUGACUUAUCUUAAUCACUCAGAUGAGUAAUAAAUAUUUACAAUUAACCAAAUUAGUAAAAAGUGUAAAUAGUUUACUGAAUGAACGAAGACAAUUUAAAGACAUAAUAUGUUUAAUCAAUUUAGAUCAAGAGUUAAUCUUAUUGUGUUUGUGUUGUUCAUUUUACCUCGGUGUUAUUGUGAUUGUGGUUGUUACAAGUCUUCAAGACAAUCAACUAAUCAAUUGGAGGAAAUUAAUCAAUCUGAUUUAAAGUGUAAUCCAAAGGAAGAUGAUGAUGAUGAUGAGAUUAAUAUGGUUCCUUUGAAAGGUGGAAUCUUCUUAAUGGGAACAAAUUAUCCAGAGUUUCCUGAAGAUGGUGAAUAUCCUGAGAGGGAAAUUAGUUUGGAUCCUUUCUGGUUGGAUAAAACUGAAGUGAGUAAUCAACAAUUUGCUCAAUUUACUCAAUCAACUAAUUAUCAAACUGAAGCUGAAAGAUUUGGCAGUUCAUUUGUGUUUGAAAAUCUUGUCGACAAUGAGACAUUAAGUACAAUUAAUCAGGUAGUUGCCAAUGCACCUUGGUGGUUGUUAGUAAAUGGGUCAAAUUGGAAACACCCUGAGGGCCCGAAAAGUUUUAUUGACCAACAAAUGGAUCAUCCGGUUGUUCAUGUUUCAUGGAAUGACGCUGAUUCUUAUUGUAAAUGGUUAGGCAAACGAUUGCCUACAGAAGCAGAAUGGGAAUACGCUUGUCGUGGUGGAUUAUCCCGUCGUCAGUACCCGUGGGGAAAUAAACUGAACCCUCAGGGUGAACAUUAUGCCAACAUUUGGCAGGGAGAGUUUCCAACCAAUGAUUCAGGUGAAGAUGGUUACAAAGGUACUGCUCCGAUUGAUUCUUUCCCUCCAAACGCUUUUGGCCUUAAGAAUAUGGUUGGAAAUGUUUGGGAAUGGACAUCUGAUUGGUGGUCAGUUCAAUUUGAUUCCGGUGAUGGACCAAAACUCAAUCCAAAAGGACCAGAAACGGGAACUGAUAAAGUCCGAAAAGGCGGUUCUUUCAUGUGUAUCAAAUCCUCUUGUUAUCGACAUCGUUGUGCUGCUCGACAAUUUAACACUCCUGAUUCUAGUUCAUCAAAUGUUGGCUUCAGAUGUGCCAAAGACUUUUCUUAAUUUUCUAAAUCAUUUUUUCCCUGGGAUAUAAGAC